AUGGAUACCGUCGUCCAGAGCAUCGAUGCCCACGUCGCCACCGUGUCGCUGUUGCUGAUUCCUGACGUGCUUGAUUACGAUGGCGACACCUACUCCCACUAUAUUCAAUCCCCCGUGCUCAUGAAGACGCGUCUUGAUGCCAUCCGUUCCGACGUCACUGUCCUCCAGGGCCAGGCAGAACGGUUGCCGCUGUCACCUCGAGUAGCGGAGCUACGGAAACAGAUUGAGUGGGUGUUGUGUGAAUUGCUCGAUCAGAAGAGCUAUGUCGUGGAUCGCAUGAUCAGAGACCAACAGCGGCACCAGCAAGCAAUGCUGGCGGCGACCCAAGGGGACUCUCACGAUGACAAACCCCGCGGCAGCGUGUCGUCAAUGGCAGUGGCCACCGACGAAGACCUCCUGCUGCUCCGGAAACGUUUGCUUGUGGGCGGCGAGUCGACGAAGUUGGAUGAUAAUGAACUUAAUGACUACCACGAUAACGUCCAGCACGACUUGAUCAACGAACUCUCAGACCUUACGCUGACACUUCGACUGGGAGCAGUGGCUCUUAGUCAAAAGAUUUUGGGCGACGACUUGACCAUUCUUAACGAGACCAAUGAAAACUUAUUGAAGAACCUGUCCACGUUACGCAGGAUUGACAACAAUUUGAACAAGUACUUGGAAAGCAAGACGGGUGGUAAAGUCGGGUGGAUUUACAUGAUCAAAAUCGCCAUCAUUGUCGCCGUGGUGCUUGUGGCGGCGUUGCUCAUGAUAGCCCUCGUCCCUCGGUUCUGA